CAGGUCCUGCGAGGCGCAGCCAACACGGCCGGCGGCUCGAUGGAGGAUUUCCUGCGCCAGGCAUUGACGGAGAUCUCCACCACGGUCCAGGGUCAAGGGCUCUCUCUUCUGGUGAUCGACGAUCUUCACAUCUUCCAGGAGGUGGAGAAACAUGAGCUCCGAUUGGCCUUGGAAGGUGCCUUAAGACUUUUGGAGUCCCUGCGUGUGCUGCUGACCUCACGCUGUGCUUUGGGAGGCGGCUGGGACAGCUUGGAGCAUAGCAAAAUCGUCUUGGAAGAACUCGCAACGCUUCCCAGCGAGGAUGCGGCGGAGUUGUUCCAGCGCCGAUGUGCUCGACAACUGUACAAAGAAGACUUUGAGGCCCAGCCGUGCAACGGCACUCCACGGCAAGCGCUGAACGUCUCUUCAGCCCAUCAGCUGCUGUUGCAGUCGCAGUUGUUGAAGAUCUUGGAUGGAGUGCCCGGGCGCAUCGUUGGUGCAGCAGCCUUGGUGAACAGCAACUUGUCGAGUUUGUUGAAACAUCCUGCUCUUCAGCCUGGGAAUGAUGAACAAACUGGCACCAAUUAGUGCGGCGUGAGGGGAGUUCCCCCUUGGGAUAUUCGGAUUUUCUUUUGGUUUUUACUCA